AUGUCCCUACCGUCCAGCGACCUUCCAUUAUACCCGCCACAACGAACGCUUGGUCUAUAUUCUGGUGCUCAACCGCCAACUGCACCUCAUAUUCAGCAGCAGCAACUCCUUCGCCCUACACAAAUUUCUCUGCCUGCAACGGCACCCGCCACUCCGACAUCCACUCCCUCAUCUUCCUACACUCUACCUGCUCCCUCUUCACAUCUGCAGGUGGCUAACGUUGGCCCCUCCCCCGAUUCUAGUGUUGUCGGGCAACCGAACUUACUGUUAGCAAGACCCAAUAACCUUCUUCAUAGGUCAGAAGUCCUUGCAACGCCUGCCACAACUUCUGGGCUUAUUUCCACAACUGAACUCAACUGUUCCUCCGUGGCUCAACGCACCAUUCCUUAUUCAGCUACUGCUGUUGCAGCAGACCUAUCCGAUAGAGACUUGACCGUGGCCCGGACCGAUGCCAAGUCAACCCGACAGCUUGACUCUGUUUCGACGACUGAUGACACUAUGGCCGACCUUAGUGUCAAUCAGUAUCAACAGCAUCAUAUUUCUCAUCAUAUGCAAGUACAUAACCAACACCGGUCUUAUCCUCAUGCUUACCAGCAACAGAAUCUUCAUCAGCAGGUCAUGCAGCAGCUUAGAACGCAAACUCCUGUUCAGGCAGAAGAACCUGUCGGCUUCACUAAUCGCACGAACUCAGAUUCAAAUGGAUCCGAGGUAGAUAGUUGA